CGAGGCCUCGUUACCAGUUCUCUGCCAAAUCUCAACAACGAAACAAAAUGGCGACGAACAAGUUCCAGCAAAUUUUCGUAAUACUGGAUAGUCUAUAAUCUUGUGAUGGCAUCCAGUUCUAUUUCAGGGAGUAGCAAUCCGUUUGGAGCCACAGAAAGAACGGGAGGUUCUGGUGCUGUGCCGAAAUCGUUGAGAACAAAUGUCGAAAGUGAAUCCAUGGCCACCGAGAGGAAGUCAGAGGAACGAGAACAUUUCUCGGCUUCUGAAAGCUUUUACCAGAGAAUGGAAACAAUGAUAAACAAAGAAGAUGUGCAGUCUAUUCUGGACAAGCAGAAAGAGACGCUAACAAAAUUUGAGAAGACAAAUGCAAAAUUCGGCAGAUUCAAUGACUUGUCUGCUGCACGAUUCCUGCACUUGAAUCAACAACUAAGAAAUCACACAAAGAUGUUGUUAGACAUGAAAAAGGAUUUGGAUUCUGUCUUCAGAAGAAUAAGAACUGUUAAGGCUAAGCUGGCAAAGCAAUAUGGACCUGCAUUUCAUGCUAUUUCAGCUGGUAUACAAAGACUGGAGGAAGAACUUGGUGCAAGCAUAGAGAAUGAAGAUGUCUCUUCCAUGGGUACAUUAUCUGAAAAGCACAAGCGAGACCAUGAAAGUCAGACUUCAGAUCAGCAACUUGUAGUCGGGCAACAGUCUACAGACCAGGAUACUAAAGAAGACAUAAGCCAAGAAGAUAUACCUGCCGUCACAUGUAGUACUACUUCAGAGUUGAGGACCCACAAUGAUCAAUCUGAGGACAGAACUGCUGCAUCAUUAGAUAUCACCAGUGCAAAGACCGAGAGAGCGGAGAUCAUUGAAGACUACUUUGAGCCUGAAAAUGCAACUGUAGAGAAGACAGAAGGUUUUAAUUCACAGGACACUGACAAUGGCUCUCUGAGAGAUGCAUUAAGUGUCCAAAAGAGUAAAGAUAUUAAUAGUACAGUAGACACUGAUGAAAUCAACCGGACAACGGACACAAGUGAUGUGAUCAGGUCAGUUGACACAAAUGAUACAAGAACGACAGUAGACACAAGUGACUCCAGUGAGACAGUAGACACAAGUGACCUGAUUGGGACAGUAGACAAAGGUGAUGCAAGUAGGACAUCAGAGCCAGUUGACACUUGUGGGACAGUAGACACAAGUAACAUGAAUUUGACUGUAGACACAAGUGACGUGACUAGGUCACUAGACUCAAGUGCCGACACAAGUGGGACAGUAGACACAAGUGAUAUAACUGAGACAGAACAAGAGAGAAAAUAGUUUUGCAGCGUCCUUUUUUGUUUCAUCGAAUUUUCAUGAUUUUUGAUAGAAACCUCCUGGGACUUGUCAGUGCAUCUGAAAUCAAAAUGUUGUAAUCACACCAGAUUAAUGAAAACAGAAUAAAGUUUUGUAAUAAAAAAAAAAAAAAAUCAGCUUUCUCAGAUCUCUAACUACUGUACCAGAGGGGAGAGCUGGAAUUUAAACUUCUUAGAGCAAAUCACUAAAGCAUCAAGUAGUUGUCAUACUUAUAUUGCGACUGAAUUGCAAGAAUUAAUCAUCAUCACCAUUAUCAUCAUCAUCGUCAUCAUCAUCAUUAUCUUUAAUUUGCCACACCGUAAAUGAUAAAAAGUAAUAACAAAAACAAAAGGUUGUGAGGAGACCCAGAAAACCACCCGGCUUAUCGCGGAGCCCACCUCAGUUGUUUUAAGUUCUGGGUGAGCGUCGUCCCGACCAACCGCCUCUGGGUCUCCGAGGAUGGUUCCAACAGUGCCCAUCUUAGCAUCCUCUGGGCCAGGCUCCAGGUAAAAUCCCCAGUGUGGGAAUAAUAAGUCGGUCGAAUGCCCCAGGAUGGGGACAAGAAAGGAGACAAAUGCUUGUGCCCCUGGGGUUCAUCCAAAAAACAAAACCGUACUCAAGACUUGGUAAAUCGUAACGAAGAAAAUACUAACACUGGGUAGCAGCUGGUGUUGGUAUAUUAGGGCAGUUUUCACUUGACUGUCGGAAGUAUUUCGUGUUUUCUCGAUCAGUUUUGCAUUAGCACUCUGCGCGAUUCGCUUAAAAAAAAUAACUUGUGUCACUUUGUCAUCCAAUAAGAAGUAAGGCCUUGAACCAGUCGUCUCAGUAAUCUUGAUUCGCUCUCACAAGUUUUCCCGCGCUCUACGUCUGCUACACGUGUUUGCUUUGAUUGCUUCACGGGAUUGUCUGUAAACUUGUGAGAAACUGACUAGAGUAUUGACUUUGGUUUGGUUCUACGACGCGGUUAACUGAAAACAGCUCUAUCUUAUACCAAUGUACUGAUUGUUCAUUAUUUUUUAGUAUUAUCAUUUUUUAGUACUACUAUUUCAUUUUAGCAUGCAUGCAAAUUUGAUUAAGGCUUAUUAUCAAAAACCUUGAAGUUAAAAAAAUGCUGCAUGGAAAAUAUAAUUAUGUCGAAAACUUCAAGAUGUAUGAUCGUAUAUUCAACAAACAAAAAAGUAAAAGAUCUUUUUUCAUAACCUGACCGUCUCGGGUAAUCAGACUUAUUGAUGCAUUACUCGUUAUGAAAUAUUUAACAAUUAUUCCACGAACGCCCGUUGGAUA